CUGAUCGAUUGGUAAAUAAAGCGAGUUGAAAAUAAUGAUAAAGCAAUGUGGGCGGGGGAAUAAUUUAGUGUUUGAUCUGCUUUACUUUUUCUUUUAAUCAAACCAUUACUUUAGGUGGAGUGUGACAGAGGCACACCCUAAAAAUCAACAAAAAUUCCUGUGUGAAAUGGUUUUCCAUCGUGCAAUGCGUGCCCUCCAUUGGAGCCAUAACGGGUGGGGGCGGGUGUCCUGUAGAAUGAUGGGAGACGUACAACACGGAGCAGAAAAGAUUCAAAACCACUCGGUGUACGAUUUUCAAGCAAAAGAAGAGAAGCGAAGAGCUGCAAGUAUGCGAGAGAGUUGAUUUAAAAAGUGCUUCAUCUGGCUCGGGCGGCGUUUCCCCCGUUUCGCCAUUCAGGCUGGGAAACAACAGUUGACCGUCGUCCCUCCCCGAGAGGCGCGCGCAGCUUGUGAACGCGCAAGCUCGCCCCCCCCCCCCCCUCCCCUACUCCAAAGCGCGCUCUCGCGGCUGGCUGGAGGACGCGUCGGGGGAAAAAAAAGCUACAAGAGCAGCGGACGAGCAGGCCCCGCGUCUCCUCGGAAUAGAUAACGUCGUUGUUCCAAGUUCGUCCCGACGGAGACUCGAAACGCGCCCGAUCAUAUGUGUUUGAAGGCUAGGAGGCGAUCGCAAGAUGGUUCGGGAAACCAGACACCUCUGGGUGGGAAAUUUGCCCGAACACGUCCGAGAGGAGAAGAUUGUGGAGCAUUUUAAACGGUAUGGACGCGUGGAGAGCGUUAAGGUCCUGCGGAAGCGCGGGUCCGAGGGUGGCGUCGCAGCCUUUGUGGACUUUGUGGAUAUCAAAAGUGCUCAGAAGGCUCACAAUGCCGUCAACAAAAUGGGUGAUAGGGACCUUCGGACUGACUACAACGAACCGGGGUCGGUCCCGAGCGCCGUACGGGGCCUUGAUGACAGCUCCCCCUCGAGCAGUCGAGACGUAGCGGGAUUCUCUAGGGGAACAGUUGGACCGGUGUUUGGACCCCCUGUGUCCCUUCACACCAGAGAAGGACGUUAUGAACGGAGAAUAGAUGGGUAA